UCAUGUUGUCCUGAUUGCAGUGGGAAGCUCAUCCCACACCUGUGUGGCCAGAACAGACAGGAGACCAUCACGUUGAGCAAGCACUCCCAUUUAGGGAUAUUUAAGAGGCGCCAUCCCAAACACAUCCACAUUCCAACUGACUAGUCAACAAUUAUCUACCAAAGAUCCACCGGUGAAAACCUGCAACCUUACGGACGGGAUGAAGGUGAACAUGAUUAUGUUACUUUUUCAAAUCUUGGCCAUUUCAACCCUCAAGCAAGCUUCAGCUCUCGUUCCUGAUGGAUACGUAGAAGAGAAUGUGGCUUUAAGUGGGAGGGCCACUCAGUCAGAUGUGUACAAUUCUCAAAACCAGGUGGGUUACAGCCAUGCAAGCAAUGCCAUUGAUGGAAACAAAGAUUCUCAUUUCCUCCAUGGAUCUUGUACCAUUACAACGGGAGGGGCCAGCCCCUGGUGGAGGGUGGACCUGCUGCAGGAGUACAAAAUCACCUCCGUCACCAUCACCAACAGAGGAGACUGCUGUGGAGAAAGGAUCAGUGGAGCUCGCAUCCUCAUCGGCAAACACCUGAAGAACAACGGAAUCAAUAAUCCACAGUGCAGCGUGAUUGGCUCUGUGGCAGCAGGAGAGACUAGAACCUUCCACUGUCCGCAGCCAAUGGUUGGACGCUACGUCACAGUGUACCUCCCAAAAACAGAAUCCCUUCACCUCUGUGAAGUGGAAGUGAAUGCUCUACUUCCUGUCAAAGGAUAUUUAAGAGGCGCCAUCCCAAACACAUCCACAUUCCAACUGACUAGUCAACAAUUAUCUACCAAAGAUCCACCGGUGAAAACCUGCAACCUUACGGACGGGAUGAAGGUGAACAUGAUUAUGUUACUUUUUCUGAUCUUGGCCAUUUCAACCCUCAAGCAAGGUUCAGCUCUCGUUCCUGACGGAUACGUAGAAGAGAAUGUGGCUUUACGUGGGAGGGCCACUCAGUCAGCACAACUGCGGGGAGAAUAUGCUGGUUUCGCCCAUGCAAGCAAUGCCAUUGAUGGAAACCGAGAUUCCAAUUACCACCAUGGAUCCUGCGCCCACACUGAAGGGGCCAACUCUUGGUGGAGGGUGGACCUGAAGCAGGUGUACACAAUCACCUCCGUCACCAUCACCAACAGAGGAGACUGCUGUGAAGAAAGGAUCAGUGGAGCUCGCAUCCUCAUCGGCAAACACCUGAAGGACAACGGAAUCAAUAAUCCAGAGUGCAGCACGAUUAACGUUAUGGCAGCAGGAGAGACUAAAACCUUCCACUGUCCGCAGCCAAUGAUUGGACGCUACGUCACAGUGUACCUUCCAAAAACAGAAGCCCUUCAACUCUGUGAAGUGGAAGUGAAUGUUUUAUUUCCUGCCCCUUGUUAAGUAGUUUGCAAAUUCCUUUGUAUUAAAACAUGAUUGUUUCUUUACAGUCAGAUGCAGUGAAUCUGAAAUGGGGUAAUGAAAUAAAUUUGACUCUUGGGAUUAUGCUGUCAAGAGUCUACAAAAAACCUUUUGAAGUUCUGCUUGAGUUCUUUCUGCAAGUUGAUUUAUGACUAUUUCUUUUUAGCACAUCAAAUAGACACUCCAGGUAUCAAAUAAACAUCUCAUUUAAAGCA